ACAUCAAGGAGGAAAAACGGGAGAAGCUGAGGUGACAAAUAAAAUGAUCUCAGAAAUAAGGAGACACAAUUCCAAGGAAGACCAUCUCCAAUCCCAAACCAGCUUCGCUUCCAUCGUCCCCUCAUCUCCAUCCCCGGAAGCCGGCCGGCUGCUGAGCAGGAGCAGGCGGGACACCGGCAGCAGCAUCAUCAUCCACCCGGACGAGAGCGGCAGCAUCCAGCCUCUCGUCCCCGCCCGCAUCGACAUGACAUCGGCGGACUUCCCGGCGCACACCGCCCCUCUGCUCUUGGCGCACACAUCCAAACGAAGCCUCUUCUACAAAACACUCUGCUUCCUCCUCCUCGUUUUCCAGGGCGGGAUCCUGGACUUCUACCUCAUCAUAUUCACCGACCUGUACUGGUGCUCCUGGAUCGCCACGGACCUGGUGGUGGUCUCCGGAUGGGGGAUGUUCUUCAUGAAAAACGCUCGAAGCAAGCGGGAGAGGGCUUGCGGCUUCCACCAGAAGGGCUCCAUCUUCGGCGGAUGCAACCUGGGUGAGUUCACCUACGCUUACCUGGCUUGGCUCAUCUACGUCAUAGCGUGCACCCCCAAGGUGGUGCUCAUCCUGGAGACCUCCAUACUGGAUCUGAUCGCGGUCAAAGUGCCCUGCGGUGUGACCGGCUUCAAGAUCAUCACCUUGCUGUCCGCACCGCUGCUCUUCUGUCUCAUGAACGCCAUCGUUGAAGAUCUCAAUGGCGUCACCAGACACCACUCCCAAAGCUGCUUCAUGACGACCUGCCUGGACCUCAUAGACAGCUUCUCCCUGGUGGAGAUGCUGCUCGGGAACCAGAUCCAGACCCUGUACCUGAAGUACACGGUGAUCUCGGCGUACUUUUUGGCUCUAGCGGUUCCGGUCAUCUGGCUCUACGAACUGACCGCCUCCGAACUCCGCUGCCGGUGGCUGUGGGCUCGUUUCUCCGCGGGCCUUCUGGUCAACGCGCCCCUGUUGGUGGUCCGGUGCUUCCAGGUGUUCUUUUACAAGACGCCGGUGUCCGUGUUUAUGUUCAAAAACAUCUUCUUCCUGGCGUGUACGUUUCUGGACCUGACCGAGCAGUGCGUGGCUAUGCGCGACGUCCGGAAGAGGAUGGCGGGCGGAAGUAACCAGGCCCAGUUCUCCCACGGAGUGUCCGAAAACGACAUGUGUCCACACGGAUAUGUCAACACCCUGGCAGUUACUCAGUCCUAGUCUUUGGGAUUCGGAACCAUUAACAAUCAUUAGCUCCAUUUUUUGGAAGCCUAAAUUACACUAAUUCCAAUUAGAAAGGCAAUACAAAAACUUCCGGUAUCGGUAUGCUACUUUGUGUGUAAUUAUAGUAAACUUCCGGUUCACUUCCGGGUGAUUGAUUCCACCAGCCUAUUACAGCGUUGACACGAUGCAGGAAACUAACCGUCAAAAAUAGUUAUUUAUGAAUAAUUAUUGUACAAAAUUGGCAUUUUUACAACUUUUUAAAACUUAAUUUAUUUCCAAUUAUAUUACAUGACAUGGGUGUAGGCUUUACAAGGCACUCAAAUAUUUUUUCACAAUUAUAGUUAUAUAUAAAUAUUGACAAUACAUCCAAUACUGUAAUUAUAGUAGUAUAUUACAAAACUUUACGUUGAGAAAUCAUGAUACAUUUAUUAAAUACAUUAACGCAUGUAAAAAAAAAUUAAAUCACAAAAAAUUUUAAAUGCAACACACAAACGUCUAGUAUAGGGCGACUACUUCCUGUAUGCAUCCCGACUACCCAACUAACAAAUUAUUGACAUAUGGAUGUAGUCUUCAUAAGGCACACAAAUUACUUAUUUUAUAAUAACGGUUACGUAUAAAAAAUAUAUUUAUUACAAUAUGUAAAAAAGAACAUUAAAACUAUUGUACUACAUUUCUCUUCAUUGAAUUGGAAAUAAAAUAAAAUAAAUACACAUAAAUUAAAUUAAAUUAUAAUAAAAAAUAUAUACACAUAUAUAACAAUUAUUAAAUACAUAUAUAUAUGUGAAAUACACAUUUAUUCCACAAAGACUCAAAGUUUGACACAAUGUUCCAUGUCCUUUAGUGAUACACUUAGUGCUUUAUUACCAAACAAGACCUUCAGGACCUUUUUUUAUGAUUUAUAUUAUAUAUUAUUAUUAUCACCAACAGACCUUUAGAUUGAAUUAUAAUAACCAGCUAUGACUCCCAUAACCAAACAGUUUUUAAUGAUAAUGAAUGAAAUCCAAACAUGUAUCGUUUACAGUGUACACAUGUUCGAUUACAAGGACUCUAUGUAUCUUAAGUUUUCCUUUAUGGAAGAUUUUUCCCAUUUUUUUUGGACAUUCAGUAUCCAAGACCUGGAUAGAGCGCAUCAUCUGCACCUGCCUUAAGGACCUCCCCUUUUGGACCAAUCCACAGGUGCUAACAAUCAGGAAGAUGUUCUGUCAGCAAAUUUUCUUGCUGUACCGGAACGCAAAAGAAGCGAGAGAGACGGCCAUGUUUUGCUGGGAAGUGCAAUUCCAAGUCCCCCCCCCCUUUUUCCCCCUGCAAUGUUUGGUGUCUUCUAUGAUGACCGUGUCGUCUGCGAGUCUGUGUUUGGGUUUACCGACUUACUGAAGGUUGGCCUUUAGACCUUGCAUGAGGUGGCACGGUUCAUUUCCAAGUACCAAAGGACACGAUGCUCAAUGAAGAACAACGCACACAAUUGGAACCCUCCUGUCCUGUCUGGCCUCUUUUGUCACACACGUUUUACAGGGAAACAUGGCUGUUGUUUACAGAUACUAGUACUACCUACACGUCAUAGCAUUGUGUGCUGUAUAUCUGUAUCAAUAUAAUCAAAUAUAGUGCGUGUACUGUAAAACAUAAGAGUGUUGUGUGAUCAAAUAAACAAGAGGAACAUACCGCACAAAGUCAGUCUUUUAUAUUUUUAUAUAUUUAGGCUCUGUUAUAGAUACACAUAAUUAGACGCAGGGUAGACUUUUAUUAGGAUUAAGAAUGAAAUCUAAUUUAAAAUCACAAUCAUCCUUACCCCAUUAUGUGAAAUCUGGCAUGGAGAUCCACGUGGAAGUUAUUAUUAUAACAAUUAUUUGAAAUUAUUGCACCAAGCUGCACCAUCGGGGGUCCCGCCCUGAUCCAAAAAGUGCAGAAAAUGAAUUUUCUUGAGGUAUUGUAUAUCUGCAAAAAUGGUAAGGGGUUAGCCUUUUGUUUUUUCAACUUGCUUCAACUGUACUUUUCUGCUGCGGAAUGGAGUGGAAACCUCCACCAUCAUCAUGGGGGGUCCCGGCAGGACCCAAAAAGUGCAGAAAAUUAAUUUUCUUGAGAUGUUGAUUUUCGGCAAAAAAUGGCAAGAGUUUAGCCUUUUGUAUUUUAAUUUUUUUUUUCUUAUUAUUUUUUUCCAACUUGGCGUAAUGUAGUGGAAACCACCACCAUUCU